AUGAAGAAAAUUGAUAUCUAUAAUUCAUAUUUGAGACUAACAAAUAGAAUUUUUGAGAAUUCAACUCCAAUAAGAAAUCUUAAUUAAAUUUAAAUUUUAACUGUAUACAAACAGCAAUAAAUCCAUCAUCCAAAUAUACUUAAUGGUUUGAGAAAUAAGAAUAGUUAAUCUUAUAAAACUCUAUAUUCACCUUCAAAAUUUAUCCUACUGAUACUCCCCGAUAUAAUUCAGAAUGUUAAAAAUAAUUAUGAAGCUAGCGAAAGGAAAAGAUAAAUUGAAUUAAAUUCUUAAAGAAUUAUUAAUCCAAGUUUUGAAAAGAUUAAUUUAACUUAACAAUCUAGAAAAUCAUAAAAAUAGAUGCUAUAAUGUUUUAUUAUAUCUAUAAAGAACCAAAAGAUUUAGGUAAAGUAACGAAUUAUUAUAAUAAUAAAAGCUUGUAUUGAUAAUAAAUACUAUUUUAAAAAAAUUUGAUUUAAUUUAAAAUUCAAAAUCAUUUAAGGAUUAUGUAUACUUAAAAAUCAUAAGAUUUCAAUUCUAAAAUUAAUUUAUUUACUAGCUAAGUAAAAAUAUGUUAAAUUUAAAGAUAUAAGUAAUUGAUGGUAAUGAUGAAUAUGGAAAGUCUGAAACACAUAAAAAAUCAUAAUCUAUUAAGACUUUCAUUGAUCAAUAGAGUUCUUCAUUAUAAAAUGAUUGUAAUAAUUAUUAGAAUUUUAGGUUUUUAAAUUUAUAUUGAUAGAUCAAAAAAUAAUAAUUAUUAUGAAGAUCGUUUUCGACAUUUAUUAAAAAGUUAUUAAAAGGCUAAUUAAAUAAAAAGCAAUUGGAUGAAAGAAUAUCUUUAAAGUCGAUCAAUUUAUGAAUAAUCUAAUAUAGUAGAAUAAUAAGUCUUAAAACUUUAUAAAUAAAUAUUUUAAUAAAGUUAAAAUGAACAAUAUGUAAUAAAUAUUUAUAAAUUACAAUUUAGAUUAAAUAAAAUAAAAAAGGAUAAGGAGAUUAGUUCUAUAAUCAACAGAAAUCAAUUUAUAAGAUAUAUUGAAAUUUUUUAUUUAUUUCUCAUCAAGUUAUAAAAUAUAUGUUAAUUACCUUAAGAAUAUAAAGAAUAAAUUAUAUAUAUGAAAAGUUCAUCACCGAAAAAUUAAUUAGUAAUUGAAAAAAGAGGUUUGAGUGAACAUGUACAAGCUACUAGUAUCAACUCAGGAAGUAGAAAGACAUCUAUUAUGACUAAGGAGAGCAAUAAUUUAAAGGGAAAUCUGUAAAUCAUUUAAAAAUAAACAGAGAUAAAUAACUCUUAACUUAAGAAGGUUUCAAGUGCUGGAAAAUUACUGCUACCUAAAAGUUAACAUUUUAUGUUAUUUGUUAGAUGAUUAAUAAUAGUAAAAAUAAAAACGAUUUUCAUCAAAAGAAGGAGAUGGAUCAAAUGUAAUUAGAUCAGGUUAUUUAUAUAAAUAAAUAUCUCCAAAAGUUACAAUGUUAGAAGAUAAAAUGAAUGUUGUAUUUAUUUAGGAACUUAAUAAAUAUUAAAUAAAUAAUGAACCAACAUCACCAAAAUCUCCAAAAUUAACAGAUGCUAAUUUAUUUAUGCAUGAAAUGACAUAAAAUGGAUUUUAAUUAAAAGGACCUUAAUCACCUCCAUCUCAUGAUAUUCUUACAAAUGGUCAACUUAAAAAUAAGAUACCUAAAAGUGUAUUAAGUCAUCAUUAAAAUCUAAUAACAACAUCUGGAAAAAAGAUAACUGAAUCAAAAACAAGUAAAUAAUAUCAAAACACAGUAACCUACUAUUGA